GUCCAUGAUUGGCGUCAGCAAUAUCACCAACCGAACAGAUCCAAACAGUUUGAAGUCUAGAGUGUUCGUUGGCAACUUGAACACGGUGCACAUGUCCAAAACGGAGUUAGAAUCGAUAUUUGUCAAAUACGGCGCUAUCAUUGGCAUUUCAAUUCACAAAGGUUAUGCGUUCAUUCAAUAUGCUAACGAGGCAAGCGCCCGGUCAGCGGUGAUUGGCGAAGAUUCAAAAUCUUACUACAAUAUGGCUCUGGAUGUAACAAUUGCAUCGGAGCCGAAGAAUCGCAAGCGAGGACGUUCAAAUGUAAACGCCAACUUGCCCACCUGGACCAGCCUACCCAGGUAUGCGAAUGUGGUGUGACGGUAAAUCGAUGUGGUUGUGGGGGAACCUUGUUUUUCUGCUCCUCCUGUGCCUGAAUUUUUGGCCUCUUUCUCCCAGUGCAGCUUCUUUGUGACAAUGAUGUCUCAUCGCCAACCAAUCUUCUUUUCCACUCCCCUUUACUCGUUUUUGAGCCGCUCCUUGCAGCUAGUCACAUUUUGUCUAUGAAUUCCGCACUGAAUCUGUCCUCGUCGCUACUUCAUUAGCGACGCUCCUCCCUUCAGCGGUUUUAUGAGCGUUUCAAUUGAUCGAAUUUUUUAUCUAAUGGAGUGGCUCGCCAAACCCCCUCCCGCUCUGUUAUCUGCCUCUUUUCCAUCCGUGGAGUUUGUUGUCGAUCGGCUGUCACUUGCAGUGGAUCAUUUCUUGUGACUGCUCUUCCAGUUUUUUCCUUUUGAUCGUACAAUUGGCACGUGACAUCUUAGUCGUUUGUCUGUCUGUUGCUACUCCGAUUUCCUCGGAAUGUUAGCGUUGUCUUGGUCCAAACCAUAACCGCUGUUCAGAUGUGAAUACGGCUGCCUUAUUUAAGGCUCUGUCUACUAGCCACAUGUACGUGUAAAUCCCCAUUUUGUUACCGUGCGCUUUGAUUUUGAUUGGGCAGCGAAAUUUGGUUAAAAGUGCGCUGACCACGCGUGGUUUCACUGCAUCGACCUAUUUUGGAGCAGCACACGCUACUUAAGUAGUUGCAAUUCAUUGAAAUUUUCGCAAUCUGGAUUGAGCACCUGUGGAUGCUAUCCAUCUUCGCAGCGACAGCAUUUCAUUCUAUUAGACCUAGCGUCGUCAUUUUGCUGCUAUGAUUGCUUAUUUUCCACCGCCUGUUUCCGCGACACUUUUCCAAUGAUUCUUUUCCGUCCAUCUUUGUGAUGCGCCAGCUUUUCAUUGGCUGCUUCCGGCAACGUAUACGAAAUUCCCCCAGGUCACAUUUUUGUCGCGUGCACUCAGAUACCGGAUAUUUUCUCCUACCUCUUUUUGGUUAUGUUGAUUUUGCCCCACUUUGAAGCGUCUCGUUCAGGCGCGCAUAUGCUGGUUUGCAUCUCAUGAUCAUUCUGGAAUCUGCUCGUUUUCUCAUGUUAUAAACUUGCAGUUCCAAUCUGUCGGAUUUGACGCUUCAAGCCCAAACUCUUACAAACUUAGCUAGCAAUCCCAUCCUUUCAUCUUUGCAACAACUUGGUUUGGAGGGAAUUAUGGGUCAGCCGAAUUUCACCCAAUUCGCUGCAGCCGCUUCUUCGGUUCUCGCCAACGCCAGUCAACUCGGGGGACUGGGGGUCGUCCCUACUUCGACUCAUGCUAUGGGCGCACGCUCGAAACACGUUCGUUCGACAAAUCCACAAAACUUUUCUCAGUCCGGUCCAACAGUGCAUUCCUCUUCCUCUUCUGCUAAGCGCACACGCCUUGAAGGUGGAAUGAAUAGCGCUAAUAACCAAUUUGGCACCACUGGUGGUCACGGUUCUCUCCCCGCCGGUGCCCGUGGACAAAAUCUGGUGUCUUUGGUAUCUCCUUCAGAUGGUGUUCAUAGUCAGCAGAAAUCCGGUACUUUUAGAACUACAUUGACAUCAAACAAGACUUGCGGACCGAACCACCCAGCUCCUGCCUCAUCUCGAACGGUCAGCUCUUCUACCCCCUUAUCAGUUAAGAUGGAAAAGAAACCACAGCAUACCCCCACUUCCGUGGCGAAACCGUUGCAGCCCUCGCCCUCUAAAACACCAGUUAGCGAACCGCACCGUGCCUCCCCCGAGACAGUCUCCGGUAAUUCAUCUACUUCAGCUCGUUCAGCUGCCGAGGAUAUUCUUAUUUGUGGAAACUGUCGUCGUCUUUUCGACCAAGUGGAUGAAUUGAUUUCUCACAAAAUGGCCGGGUGCAGUUUGAGUCACAUCUCAUGCGAAGCCUGCCGAUGUCGUUCUGGUGAACCGGAAAAUUUGGAAUGUGCCUACUGUGGCGCGGCAUUUCGCAGCGCUUGGGGCCUCAUGCAUCAUUGCCACAAUGACCACGGGUUGACAAUCUACGCCUUGCCCUCUCCAACUCCUUCGCCGAACUCUUCCCACGGCACACACUUCUCAUCUGACGCGGCGGGCCAGGUGUCUCGCAUCAUUAAUCGCUCGAAAGAUCAAUCAGUCCCUAAGCCGGACCCUGACGAAAAAUCGUCCAUGAAAUCACAGCCGCCAAUUUCAAAAGCUUCUGCAUCCGUAUCAGAUUGUAGUGGUCACGCAGAUGAUCAGGAUGUGAGCGACUGGGAAGCGGACAGAGACGCGUAUGACGUGAACGAAGAGACGCAGUCCGCCCCGGAAAAGGGCCACGAGGCGUCUGCUAGCGAUUCCGUUUGUUCACGUGAUAAUGAUGAUGAUGACGACGACAACCAAAACGAAGGCUCCAUUGAGGCAGCAAACGACAAGGAAACCCAUAGUCCCACGGAAUCGCCACGUCAUCGUCGGGGAGAAUACGGUCGGCACGAAACCUUAGUAGAUGACGAAGAUGAGGAUGGAGACCAUAAAUGAGCCUG